AUGGUGGGGCAAGUCUGUGCUGCCGUUUGCACUGUCUUUUCUGUCGUCUAUUCUGGCUACUACCUGACCCAGCUGACUCGUCACCCGACAUGCAGAUGGAGACAAGCCUGUCCUUUGGGCUCAACAGCAGGGUCAGCAGCUCCUCUGGCUGCCUCUGUCAUCGAGGAAGAAGAUGAAGAGGAGCAAAGGAGCACCAAGCCUCAAGCUGCUGUCCCUCCACAGUCUGAACUUGCAGAGCCGCUCCAGACCGGCUCUGCCAUUGAACCUGGUGCCGCUGGACCAGCAUGGCCUGCAGCAGCCAGCUCGCCCCCCGCUGCCGGCACUUCCUGCAGCAGCGCAGCCCAGCCGCCCGAGAUGAGGGAGGAGCAGGGCCUGAAGACACUGAGGAGCCUUGUGAGUCUGGGCCAGCCAAUGAGCAAAUACACGGGACUUGAAGAACUCGGACGAGGGGGGUUUGGAGCUGUUUAUAAAGCCCUUGACACCAGCACCGGACAACAGGUGGCAAUCAAGAUCAUGUCACUCAAGGAGGAGAUGUCCGAGGAGCUGGCUGCCAACGAAAUCCUGGCCAUGAGGGACAACAGGAAUCCCAAUAUUGUUACCUACUUAGACAGCUUCCUUGUGGGUGAUGAACUCUGGCUAGUAAUGGAGUUCAUGGAUGGAGGCACUCUGAGCGACAUCAUCAGCAAGACUUGCCUGUCUGAAGACCAGACGGCAGCCAUCAGUCGGGAGUGCCUGCAAGGACUGGAUUUUCUCCACUCAAAUGAUGUGAUCUACCGCGAUGUGAAGAGCUGCAACAUCCUUCUCAGAACCGACGGUUCUGUCAAGCUGGCUGACAUUGGCCUCUUUGUUAAGCUCGCCCCUGAGCAGAGCAGACAGAGCUCCGUGGCUGGCACUUCUGGGUGGCUGGCGCCUGAAGUGGUGACAGGCCAAGCAUAUGGCCCCAAAGUGGACAUAUGGUCUUUGGGAAUCGUGGGCAUCGAAAUGGUGGAACAAGAAGUUCCUUGCAGGAAUGCAACUCCUGUUUCAGCUAAACAACGGAGAGCCAGGGGAGAGAGACCACAGCUGCGGCAGCCCGACAGAUUCUCAUCUUGCCUGUGUGACUUCCUGAGCUGCUGCCUGCAGACAGAUGAGCAGAAGCGCUGGUCUGCCAAGGAGCUCCUGAAGCAUCCAUUUGUACGUUCAGCCAAGCCAGCAUCUAGUUUGGCACCACUCAUCAACUCAAUCAAGAUGAAGAAGAAGAAGGAGUGGAGAAGAAGAAUGCCCUGCCCUCCCUUCUCUGCCCUGCAGAGGCCAGUCAGCCGUGGGAGCCGCUCUGCCCGCGCUGUGCCCGCAGCCCCGGCUCUGCUGCACUCAUCCCCGCCAAGUCUGGCCCGCGCCGGAGCACAGCGCCUCCCUCAGUCUGCGCGCUGCUGGUGCAGCGGCUGCCAUUGCGCUGCAGGCGUUGUGGCCACAGUCGGCAAUCGGCACACGGGGGAGCUGCCGCUGCUCACCGGCCUCAGCGCCAGCCCCUUCCCUGCCAAGCUUUGGCGCCUGGUGAACAGACCCCGUGUCCGCUCCAUGCAUUGGGACAUCAGGACUCCGGGGCUGCUCAUCGACUGCUCCCUCUUUGAGCGAGAGUUGCUCAGCCCGGGCAAGACCCACAGGGAUGGUGGCAAUGGGGCGGGGCUGGUCCUGCACAUCUUCAGGGCCACACGGUUCUUCAGCUUCAUGCUCCAGCUCUACUGCUACGGCUUCCACAAGGUGCUGGGCUGGGUUGGCUCAGCUGCGCCGGGCGAUGCUGGGGCUUGGCUCCACUACAGCAACCCCUGCUUUUGCUAUGACCACCCUGACCUCCUGCUGUGCAUCAAGUGCCGGAGCACAGUCAACCGGCAGCAGCCGGCAGCGGGCUUCCUCCUACUGCACAGUGACCGGCUGGUGCUGGACCAGCAGGAGGGGCCGAGCUGCUCCCAGGAGCCCAGCGGGGAGCGGCCACUGCCCGCUGAGCAGGAGGUGCUCCCGGAUCUCACCCUGCGACUUCCUCAGGCUCCAGGAGGAGUGGCUGCUACCACUCGGGCGGGGGGGGCCCUGCAGCCACUUCCAGAAGCUCUACGUGAGGCAGCUGCCUCCGGUCGACCAGGAGGUGCUCAGGAUCUGCUCAGCUACUUCAGGGGAGAGACCGCACUGUCUGAACCUAUCAUUUGA